AUGUCGACUUUAAAACAGAGAAAAGAGGACUUUGUGACAGGGCUCAAUGGCGGUUCUAUAACAGAAAUUAACGCAGUGACAUCAAUUGCUUUGGUAACUUACAUAUCAUGGAACUUAUUGAAAAAUUCCAACCUUAUGCCUCCUGGCAUUUCCAGCGUGCAAUACAUAAUUGAUUUUGCAUUGAACUGGGUUGCUUUGCUUCUAUCUAUUACUAUUUAUGCUAGUGAACCAUACCUUCUAAACACGCUAAUACUGUUACCUUGUUUGCUCGCAUUCAUAUAUGGAAAAUUUACUAGCUCGAGUAAACCUUCUAAUCCAAUAUACAAUAAAAAAAAAAUGAUUACACAGCGGUUCCAACUAGAAAAAAAGCCGUAUAUUACUGCGUAUCGUGGUGGGAUGCUUAUUCUGACUGCUAUUGCCAUCUUGGCUGUAGAUUUUCCAAUUUUCCCAAGGAGGUUUGCCAAGGUGGAAACUUGGGGGACAUCCCUGAUGGAUCUUGGUGUAGGAUCAUUCGUUUUCAGUAACGGUAUUGUUUCUUCUAGGGCACUGUUGAAAAACCUAAGCUUGAAGAGUAAACCCAGCUUCUUAAAAAAUGCAUUUAAUGCCUUAAAAUCAGGAGGAACUCUAUUGUUCCUAGGAUUGCUGAGGUUGUUUUUUGUAAAAAAUUUGGAAUAUCAAGAACAUGUCACAGAAUAUGGGGUUCAUUGGAAUUUUUUUAUCACCCUAUCAUUGUUGCCACUUGUAUUGACCUUUAUUGAUCCCGUCACAAGAAUGGUUCCACGCUGCUCAAUUGCAAUAUUCAUUUCAUGCAUUUAUGAAUGGCUACUUUUAAAGGACGAUCGCACUUUAAACUUUUUAAUUUUGGCUGAUAGAAAUUGUUUCUUCAGUGCUAAUAGAGAAGGCAUCUUCUCAUUUCUAGGUUAUUGCUCGAUUUUUCUUUGGGGCCAAAACACGGGAUUUUACUUGUUGGGAAAUAAACCAACUUUAAACAAUCUUUAUAAGCCUUCUACGCAAGACGUAGUUGCAGCAUCAAAGAAGUCUUCGACUUGGGACUAUUGGACUUCAGUAACCCCAUUAAGUGGCCUCUGUAUAUGGAGUACAAUUUUUCUUGUUAUCAGCCAGUUGGUUUUUCAAUACCAUCCUUAUAGUGUUUCAAGAAGGUUUGCUAACUUACCAUAUACUUUGUGGGUCAUUACUUAUAAUUUACUAUUUUUGACUGGGUACUGCUUGACUGACAAAAUUUUCGGUAAUUCUUCGGAAUAUUAUAAAGUUGCCGAAUGCUUGGAAUCAAUCAACUCCAAUGGGUUGUUUUUAUUUUUGUUGGCAAAUGUCUCUACUGGUUUAGUCAAUAUGUCUAUGGUCACGAUAGAUUCUUCACCCUUAAAAUCAUUCCUGGUUUUGUUGGCAUACUGCUCAUUCAUAGCUGUCAUAUCGGUUUUCUUGUAUAGAAAAAGAAUAUUCAUUAAGCUAUAA